AUGCCAUCAACUCAUUUAAAACAGAAAAGACGUCGAUCUUCAUCGCCACGAGAUUCUCGAAUUCACAGAUCUCGCAGAGAAGAACGAGAAAAAGAAAAAGAAAAUCAACAAGAAAUUGAAGAGGGCGAAAUAGUAGAUAUUUCAGAAGAUGAAGUAGAAACACAAGAACUUCUUCCGAUGGUUCAGCCAAUUGAAAACGAUCCAACAAUUAUUGAAUUAUCAAUUAUCAGUGAACAACCAAUGAAUAGAUUUUGUUUGGCACGCUGUCCGGCUGAUCAUCGAUUUAAAGAAUUUCAGUUUUAUGUUUCGAUAACUGGAAUUACAAGAAUCAUUUGUAAUUGUGCAUUUAACGAUCGACUUAUAAAGUACAUAAGUUUGAAUUUCAUUUUCUUAAAAAAUUAUUUCCAUUUUCAGGACCAGGGUGUUUUCAUCAUUGACAAAGGAAAUCUACCUAGAAAAUCAAAAACAUCUCGAUUUGCGCCCAUAUCGUUUGGAAUUGAUGGAAAACAUCAGAUUUGUUGAUCCGACACUACAUGUUCCGCUGUUUGUGCCAGCUGGAAUGAGAUCAAAUGAAGUCACACGUAAGGUUUUUGGGAAUUCAAGUUUCUUUCAAAUUACAGAGUUAAAUUAAUCGGGAGAAGCUCAACUUGAAAUCUAAAGGGGUCAAAUCUUACAUAUGUUUGUAAGUUUUUCAAAGAAUCAUUUGAAAUUUAUUUAAAAUUCAAUUAUAAAAUGUAAUAAAUUAUAUAAUCUUCAAAGUAAUUCCCAUCAUCAAAAGCAUUUCUUAUAUUUUCCAGAACCAUUUUAUGGCGAUGACAUCUUUCAACCCUGCACAAAUGAGCACAAUCACAAAAAUAUGGUGUUUUGCAUGCAUGUGCGCGGCUGUCAAACAAUUGUUGUCUGCCAAUGCCAAGAUGUUUUGUGCUUUGAAUAUCCAAAACAGUUCUCCAAACACAUUUUGGAUAUGUAUGAUCAGAAAACUGUGUUCAAAUAUGCCAAUCCACAACGUCGAAAUUUUGAAGCGAUUCCUGAACUUGGAUAUAUUGUUCUUUAA